AUGGCCCUCCUCAAGCAUCUCCUCGUCUCAUUCACCAUCAUAAUCUCUUUUGUUGCUUGCUAUAGUUCCUUGCAAGAGGACCCACUUAAUGGCAUUUAUGUUGAUAACUCACCUUCCAUUGAUGAUAUUGGUGGGACAUUUAAGAACCCAAUCAAGCAAAGCACAGACAUCAUUUCUAGUUUAUACAGGUUUCUAGAUUUGGGUGGCACUUCCAGUUCGAUUAAAAUGGUUAAUGUCAAUGAUUAUGGAGCGAAAGGGAAUGGUGGUGAAGAUGACACAGAAGCUUUCAAGAAGGCUUGGCAAGUAGUAUGUUCCUCUGGGGAAGCAAAUCUUGUGGUGCCUCAAGAAAAUUAUCUACUCAAACCAAUAAGAUUCUCUGGUCCUUGCAAACCUAACAUUGCGGUCCAGAUUUCUGGAACUCUUGAAGCAUCAAAUGAUCCAUCAGAUUAUAGCGAAGACAACAGACACUGGCUUGUAUUUGACAAUAUUCAAAAACUUUUAGUUCAUGGUGGUGGAACCAUCAAUGGAAACGGCAACAUAUGGUGGCAAAACUCAUGCAAAAGGAACAAAAAGCGCCCUUGCAAGGAUGCCCCAACAGCUCUGACUUUCUAUAAUUGCGAGGAGUUGAUAGUUGAGAAUUUGAGGGUAGAAAAUGCACAACAAAUCCACGUUUCAUUCCAGAACUCUGUGAAUGUUAAGGUUUCUGGUCUCAAUGUGACCGCACCAAAGGAUAGUCCUAACACCGAUGGGAUUCAUGUCACCAAUACGCAAAACAUUCAAAUCUCAAGCUCUGUCAUAGGAACUGGUGAUGACUGUAUAUCAAUCGUACAUGGCUCAAGAAAUGUAGUAGCCACGGACAUAAUCUGCGGACCCGGCCAUGGUAUUAGUAUUGGAAGCUUAGGAGCCGGAAAAUCCCAGGAAUUUGUUUCUGGAAUAUUAGUGAAUAGAGCUAAGAUUUCUGGAACUACAAAUGGAGUUAGGAUUAAGACAUGGCAGGGAGGCUCAGGAAGUGCUAGCAACAUCCAAUUUCAGAACAUUGAAAUGGACAAUGUCACCAAUCCCAUAAUAAUAGAUCAGAAUUACUGUGACAAGAAAAACAAACCAUGCAAAAAAGAGAACUCAGCGGUUCAAAUUAAGAAUGUGUUGUACGAGAACAUAAUUGGGACAAGUUCUUCUGAUAUAGCUGUGAAGUUUGAUUGUAGUGAGAGUUUUCCAUGCGAGGAGAUAGUAUUGCAUAACAUUGAUCUCCAAUGUGAAGGAGGAUAUGCUGCUGAGGCUUUAUGUAACAAUGUACAAGUGUCUUACUUGGGACAUGUUAGCCCUCGUUGCAACACACAAAAAGAGAGAAAGACAUCUACCACUACCUCCUUAUGGAAAGACUCAUGGUAUAUAAUAUGAACCA